GAUGGCAGCUCGCAGCGCCAUGCAGCUUCCCGUUCCUCCUCCUCCUCUCCCUCCUCUCCGGCUCUAAGUUAAUGCCAUGCUGCCGCUGCUCCUCCCGGCACUGCUGGCCGCCUGCCUGCCGCCCUGCCAGGGCUGGAGCCCCUCGGCGUCUGCCGGCGGGCAGGAGGAGCAGGAGCAAGAGCUCUUCUUGCCCCCUGUCAACUCCUCCUCCCGCUCCUUGGCCAGCCUCGAGAUGGACCUCGACGGGGCUGUGGACGGGAGUGUCGAUGGGGCUGUGGACGGGGCUGUCGAUGGGGCUGUAAGCAAGGAGGAAGGCAGCACCUCCAUCCCGGGCACGCCGGUCGCCCCUAGCCAAGAGCCGUUUUCUUCUGCUCCCACCUCCUCCGGGCAGCAGCAGCAACAGCAGCAGCGUCCACAGCCGCAGCCCGCCGAGGACCCUCACUGCAAUAUCAGCGUGCAGCGGCAGAUGCUGAGCUCGCUGCUGGUACGCUGGAGCCGCCCGUUGGGGAUCCAGUGCGACCUCCUGCUCUUCUCCACCAACAGCCACGGGCGGGCUUUCUUCUCCGCUGCCUUCCACCGCGUGGGGCCGCCGCUGCUCAUCGAGCACCUGGGGCUGGCGGCCGGCGGUGCCCAGCAAGACCUGCGCCUCUGCGUGGGCUGCAGCUGGGUACGGGGUCGACGGGUCGGCCGCCUGCGGGGCACCGCGCCCCAGCCCGCCGCUGCCGCCUCCUCCUCCGCCUCCUCCUCUCUUUCUUACCCGUCGGCGGCGGAGCCCGGCCAGUACUGGCUGCAAGGGGAACCGCUGAAUUUCUGCUGCCUGGAUUUCAGUCUGGAGGAGCUGAAGGGGGAGCCGGGCUGGCGGAUGAACCGCAAGCCCAUCGAGUCUACCUUGGUGGCUUGUUUCAUGACUUUGGUCAUCAUCGUGUGGAGCGUGGCCGCCCUCAUCUGGCCGGUGCCCAUCAUCGCCGGCUUCCUGCCCAACGGCAUGGAGCAGCGCCGCGGCACCACGGCCGCCACCACCACCGCCGCCGCGGCGGCCGCCGCCGCCAAGUAGCCUCUCCCGGUGACUCUCCCGUCUUUUCGUCGUGUGGUGUGAAGGGACGUGGGGCGGCCGCCUCCCGCCCGGCCGGACUCUGUUGUCGUGGUUUUCCCUUGUUUAAAGCGUGUGACGGGUGCGCGGCGGGACGCCGGCGGCUCGGCCGUGGGGCCGUGGGGCGCGGGAGUUUGCUUCAGGGUCCGGCCCGCCCUGAGAGCCUGGCCCGCAACCGCCGGAGACGACCAAAUCCUGUGUGCUCGUUUUAUAUCUUUAAUACCCGUUUUAAACGAACGUUUUCGUAAAAAAGAUGAAAAGACCAAACAAAAAAGAAAAAGCCUCCCCCGAUCCCGACUGAACGCAGGAAAUAAAGACCCUGCCAUCCAGCCGCAUUUGUGGUAGUUCAAGGAGUAGCUUUUUUUGCAUAUGAGAGCAGUUCGAGCGGGGUUUUUCCCCCUUUUCUCUACAGAAAGGGCCCUUUCUGUUUGGCAGAAUCAAGAAGUGAUGGAGUGUAUAUAUAUAUGUUGUUCUUGCCGGAGCUGAACUUUAUGGAACCUUUCCCAUUGUAUUUCCCAGCUGAGAUAGUGUGUGUUUAUUAUUGUAGCUCUGCGUUACUUGGCUUUUAAUACAGAGGUUUUCUUUUUGGAGCCACCAUUGCCUUUUGUUGGUCUCUUUCCACGAGGUUUGGCCAUCCACAAGCAGUAGUGAACCUCUUCUUUCCCCAUGAGAUGAUGUUACCAGGGUUGGUGGUGGGAUAAGGGAAAUCCCUUUCUGCGUGGUGUUUGCCCUCGAUUUAGAUCUGUAUGCCUACAGCAGGGCUGGUGGGGUAGAAUGAG